AUGCUGCCGCGACGGGUCGCCCUUGCUUGCGUUGGACUCUCCUCUCUCUCUCUCUGUUUUCUGCUCCUCUCCAUGCGCGGCUCUCUCCUCCCUGUGCUUCUCUCUCCGAGGGCGGUCUGCUUCCGUGUCUUCGGGGCGAUGGUGGUCGUGGUGGGUGGCUUCAACAAACAUCUGCGAAGAAGCACGCGGAUGGAGAGCGUACCCGCUAAGCCGGCCGCUGUGCAGCCAUCGACACUCGGCUCAUCAUGCGACUGCGUAGCACCAGCGGUCUCGCUGCCUUCACUGUUUUUCCUCUUUCCGCAGUGUUGCGCGCAGGCAGCACGGCGCCUAUUGCAUGACUGCACGUACUUCGCAGCUGGGCCGCGGCGCGGCGCUCGUGCACAGCCGACGCCAACAUCAUCGCUGUCGUCCCCCGCGCCGUCGCAGCCGCUUAAGCUGUGGCUGACAUGCGCCACCGCAGCAGUUGCGGGCACCUGCGGUGCGAUCGUCGGUGCACGCCUGAGUCCGUGGCUGAGCCGCCGCGCAGCUCGCUUGUACACUCAGCGCGAGGCCAAGUACCGCAAUCCGCUGUGGCUGCUGCCUUCUCCCGCAGCAGCUCCAUGGCCGGGGUCGUGGUGGUGGCGGAGGCUCUGGCGCACUUCAACGCAUCGAUCCGUGAGCGAGACGCGGCGGCUCGACUACGGGCAUGCCGCGGAGUGGCUGGCUGCCUGCACAGGCUGUCGCUGGCUCCCACAGCGCCUCUCACGGCCCACGCUGCUGAAGCUCUACUCCCCUGCGCGCCACUCACGGCAGAGCAGUGCCGAUCGCAACACCGCCGCCGAAGUCCAGUGGGGCACGCGCAUGGUAAACAAAGGCACGCACCCUCUCGCAAAGCGCUCCGCCGUCGCCGCCGCGUCGAAGGGCUCUACGACCUCCCUUGCCGCCUCGGCACUCUUCUCCAUCGUGCACUUCACACGAGCACCUCUGCAUCAGUGGCAACCGCUGCCGCAGCACGCGGUAGACGUCUUCGUCUCCGCUACUUGCCAGAACACCGAGAACCGGCGUUCUGCGACGCUGGCGGCUGCGUCGCCGCUUCUAUGUCUGCCGCGCCAGGGGUUUGCACUGUUGUACGAUCCCGUCGCCCGUCUUCCUGUGUGGUGCGGGUACUAUCUCACCCGCGAAACAGUCGACCGCGCACGGCGACAGAACCGCUGCAUCACCUUCUUCACAGACCGCUCACUUAAGAAGACAACGCGACGAGUGCCGGCGGAGCUAAAGGCACGCGGACACGAUCGCGGUCAUCUCGCCCCGCAUGCAUCCGUCGCCGCGAGUCCACAGGCGGCCAUCGAGGCGGCUCUGCUGUCGAAUGUGCUGCUGCAACACCGCCAGAUCAACCGAGGCGUGUGGCGCUGGCUGGAAGCGGCGACGAGGGCGUACGUGCGGCAUUUGCCGCUUGCCGAUGUGCCGCACGCCGUGGCGAUGCAGCAGCACCGCGUGAGAAGGGAACGCUCGACUGGCGCUGUGGGCGCAGGGGCUGCGCCCCCUUCCGAAGCCGCAACCUCCACGCAGGCGGGCCCAACCCCUGCACCUCCGCGCCACGGCGCUGGUUGUAAGAGACGCCGUGGACGUCCGCCGAAAUCGGCGUCACCGCUGUUUGCCUCACCAGCUCGCUGCAGCUCCACCUGUGGUCAGGCAGCGAAGAGGAGCAGUCGCGGCGGCUCACGCCGAGGCUUACCGCGGGACAGUGAGCUCAUUGCCCGCCUGCUCGCCGCACCGGGCGUCGGAAGCGGGACUGGCUCGCACUUGAGACUCCAAGGAGAUGGUGUUUGGGGAUGCGUGGCACGAACGCUUCGAUGUUGUCGGGAGUGGUGGCGGUGGUGGUGGCCGCACUGCAGCGGUGCAGCCUUUCAUCGCCAGCGUGAGCGCGAGGUCGCUGUCAAUGUAGGGCCGCUUUACUACAAGCAGACGAAUGAUGUAGGGCAGGGCAGCUGGCGGGGCAGCGGCACGGCGACAGGGAGGACGCCCGCCAUCGCUGCAGCAUCAUCGGAUGCCGUCGCACUGCCUCUUUUGUGCUGCUCUAGGUCGCGGCAGGCCAUCCAACGGCGAGGGCCUGGCAACGCAGCCUCGCCUCCGACACGGCCAUCGCCGCCACCGCCGCCGCCGCCGCAGCAGUCGCUCUUGAUCCCUGACGCCUUCUUCUUCUCCCUGUGGAACGUGCACACUCACGAGCAUGUGCACCUGAUCGUACCGAACCAUCCCGACGCAGCUUCGAUACGAGCGUUCACUGCGGUCGUGGCGCCCAGGCGUUCGACAGCAGCGGGAGCAGCGGCGUCGAGAUGGCCAUCAGACGAUUUGGAGACGGCCCUCCGAUCUCUCGUCGUGUCUACAGUAGAGCUGGAGCAACUGUUCGCCGAGUCGUUGGUGGAGCUGCGCUCACGAUGCGUGUCGGCCGGCGUGACGGAUGCGACCAGUCGCGACAGCAUGAGGAACAUCAAUCGCGCCGCUUCGUCGGUAGCGCUGCGGACGCACUUUAGCCUCUUCCCAGUCUAUCGACAGCGAUGGAUGUGGCGGCACUGCGGCAGUGGUGGUGGCAGUCGCUGA